CCGGGUCAUCUGGCGCUGGAUCGUCUGGCUCGACAGCGGGCAUCGGGUCACCAGGCAUGACCGCGGGCACUGGGUCAUCAGGCAUUGGAUCGUCUGGCUCGACAGCGGGCAUCGGGUCACCAGGCAUGACAGCGGGCACUGGGUCAUCAGGCAUUGGAUUGUCUGGCUCGACAGCGGGCAUCGGGUCACCAGGCAUGACAGCAGGCACUGGGUCAUCAGGUACCGGAUCGUCUGGAUCGACAGCGGGCACCGGGUCAUCUGGCGCUGGAUCGUCUGGCUUGACAGCGGGCAUCGGGUCACCAGGCAUGACAGCGGGCACUGGGUCAUCAGGCAUUGGAUCGUCUGGCUCGACAGCGGGCAUCGGGUCACCAGGCAUGACAGUGGGCACCGGGUCAUCAGGUACCGGAUCAUCUGGCUCGACAGUGGGCACUGGGUCAUCAGGCGUGAUAGGAUCAUCAGGCUGGAUCAGUUCAUCAUCAGGCUGUGUACAGACAUCAGGCUGGGUACAGACAUCAGGCUGAAGUGCGAGUGCCGAGAAACCAGGC